AUGUUGACGAGGUCAAUGAUGUCUGCAAAUCGAAGAUGCGAAGUGGGCCAGCCCAUUUGUCACUGCGGCAAUCAAUGUCAUUUGAGGACGUCGUGGACUGACAACAACCCUAGGAGAAGAUUUUGGGGCUAUGCCGAUUAUGGGGUAUGCGAAAGGUCCAAGAUUGUGAUAUCUGGACUAUUGAAACGAUUACGUAAGGAAGAAAAGGAAAACCGAAAAUUGAAAAAAGAGGUUGGAGCUGCCUUGAAAGCACAAAGAUUUCUACGAGCAAGUGUUUUGGGUUCUUGGAUUUUUUUUAUUGUGUUGUUGGGAAUGCUAGUACUGGAAUGGAGAGACUCUGGGUCUUCCAAGAAUGUGAAAUUAGUACUUACAUUUUAG